AUGGCGCUGUUCCCAGCCUUUGCGGGAGUUAGUGAGGCCGCCGACAGCGGGAGCACCAGGAAAGAAUUGGACUGGCUGAGCAACCCAAGCUUUUGUGUCCAAACCCUAACCCCCCCAAGCCAACAGCCUGCAGCGGUCCCCACCUUCAAUUCCAGAGGGUCACCACUGACAAGGAGUCCUUUGAAAUCAGAGCCUUCAGAUGACAGUGACAAUAACAAACAACUGAGACCAACAAGCAGAAAAAAGAAGAAAGACAAAAAGAAAAAAAGGAAACGUCAGCACCACAAGAAAACCAGGAGGAAGCGUGGGCAGUCGAGCAGCAGCGGAUCUGAGCCAGACACGGAUGCUGAAAGGGACAAAUCUUCCAGAAGCAUCAGUAAGAAGGAGCCUGAGAAACCCAGUCAAGAAAAUCACACUGCUGCCGACAGUGGACAUGGGCUUGUUUGGCUCGAAGACAUUCAGGCACUGUCAGGAGAAACCUUCAGGACAGAUAAGAAACCAGAUCCUGCAAACUGGGAGUAUAAGUCUCUCUACCGAGGGCACAUAGCAAGGUAUAAGAGGAAAGGAGACUCCUGCCUCGGCAUUAACCCAAAGAAGCAGUGUGUAUCUUGGGAAGGGGCGCCCACAGAAAAGAAGCACUCGCACAAGCGUCUAGAACGUUACUUCACGAAGAAAAGCGUGGGGUUGCUGAGCACUGAUGGCGUGGCUGUUAGCUGUCAAACCGCACUGCCCUCAUCGGAGCCACUCUCGUUCAUACGAGUGAAGGACUUGGAUGACCCGACCCUUCCUGUGCCAACCUCGGUGAACCCUCUGGGCAUCUAUGACCAUUCCACCACACAGUGGCUGCAGGGACAGGGACCUUCAGAGCAAGAGUCAAAGCCUGCAGACUCACAGCCAGACAGAGAACAGGCCGCUCUCAAGGCCAAGGUGGAGGAGUUUAACAGGAAGGUUCGGGAGACGCCUCAGGACACCCAGCUGUGGAUGGCCUUCGUCGCUUUUCAGGACGAGGUCAUGAGGAGGCCAGGCCUGUACGCUGUUGACGAAGGCGAGCAGGAGAAGCGGAAACGGUCCCUGAAACUCAUCCUGGAGAAGAAGCUGGCCAUCCUGGAGCGGGCCAUUGAAAGCAACCAGAGCAGUGUGGACUUGAAGUUGGCCAAGCUGAAGCUCUGCUCCGAGUUCUGGGAGCCCGGCACUCUGCUCAAAGAGUGGCAGAAGCUAAUAUUCUUGCACCCCAACAACACAGCCCUUUGGCAGAAGUACCUUCUAUUUUGCCAGAGCCAAUUUAGCACCUUUUCAAUAUCAAAGAUUCACAGUCUUUAUGGAAAAUGCCUGAGUACUCUGUCUUCUGUUAAGGAUGGCAGCAUCUUAUCUCACCCCGUGUUGCCUGGCACCGAGGAGGCCAUGUUUGCCCUCUUCCUUCAGCAGUGCCACUUCCUGCGGCAGGCUGGCCACUCGGAGAAGGCGGUCUCUCUGUUCCAGGCCAUGGUCGACUUCACCUUCUUCAAACCCGACAGCGUGAAAGAUCUGCCGACCAAAGGACAGGUGGAAUUCUUUGAGCCAUUUUGGGACAGCGGUGAACCCCGGGCUGGGGAGAAGGGGGCCCACGGCUGGCGAGCAUGGAUGCACCAGCAGGAGCGAGGUGGCUGGGUGGUCAUCAACCCAGAUGAGGAUGACGAUGAGCCUGAGGAAGAUGACCAGGAGAUCAGAGACAAGAGCCUGCCCAGGGCUCAGAUCUGGCUGGGUGCUGAGCGGUCCCGUGACCAGCGGCACUGGCGACCUUGGCGCCCUGAUAAGACCAAGAAGCAAACGGAGGAGGAUUGUGAGGACCCGGAGAGGCAGGUGUUGUUUGACGACAUUGGGCCAUCUCUGAUCCGACUCUGCAGUCCAGACCUUCGGUUUCAGCUGGUGGAGGCCUUCCUGCAGUUCCUGGGCGUGCCUUGUGGCUUUACUCUUCCCGCCUCAUGCCUGUAUCUGGCCAUGGACGAGCCCAGUGUCUUCCGUGGUAGACUUCAUGAGGAGCAGCCGCUCACUGGUGCCAGCCCUUCGUUUUCUGGUGUGAGCUGUGUCGGCCGCAUGGACCGGUUUGGCUGUCAGCGCUGGACCAGGGCCCAGGGCCGAGAGGGCGAGGAGUUCAUCCGCAACGUCUUCCACCUGGUGUUGCCUCUGUUUUCAGGCAAGGAAAAGUCUCAGCUCUGUGCCUCCUGGUUACAGCACGAGAAGGCAAAGGUCAUUUGGUGUCUGCACACGAAAAACAAGAAGAAAUUAAAGUCACUAGGAAAGAACUGUAAGAAACUAGCCAAGCACCUCCUUCAGGAACCCGAGAACUGCAGCGCUGUCUGCCUCUGGAAGCAGUAUGCACAUCUGGAGUGGCUGCUGGGCAACACAGAGGACGCCAGGAAGGUUUUCGAUACAGCGCUUGGCAUGGCGGGGACCGAACGGCUGAGGGAUGCUGAGCUUUGCGAACUCAGUCUGCUCUAUGCAGAACUGGAGGUGGGGCUGCUGGGGGACGUGAGCGGGGCCACCUCAUCACGAGCAGUCCACGUCCUCACCAGGCUGACUGAGAGCGCCCCCUACGGGCCCUACACUGGGCCGGUGUCGGCGGUUCACAUGCUGAAGGCCCGGAAGGCGUACACGCACGUGCUGCAGGACAGCUUGGACGUGAACUGCGGCUCAGACCCGACUCCCAGCAGCUCCGCCAGCCGCGUGGUCAGCGUGGUCAGGUGCUUUAUGCUCUUCCAGUACCUGACCACGGGCAUUGAGGCCGCCGUGCGGGUGUACGAGCAGGUGCUAGCCAAACUGAAGGGCUCAGGCCCGGGGGACAGUGGCAGCCCCCCUCACAGCUGGGCUGGCGCCCUCGAAGACGUCACCCUGAUGCACACACGUCUGCUCCAGUUCCACAUGAAAGUCAGCAUUUACCCGCUGGCCCCUCUGCGGGAGGCUCUCUCCAAGGCGCUGAAGUUGUAUCCAGGCAACCAGACCCUUUGGAGGUCAUACAUCCAGAUUCAAAACAAGUCCCACCAUGCCAGCCAGGCCAGGAGAUUCUUUGAUGCCGUCACCAGGUCUACCAGAUCCUUGGAGCCUUGGCUGUUUGCUAUUGAGACGGAGAAAACGAGGAAAAGGCUGGUGGAAACUGUUCAGAGGGUAGAAGGUGGAGAAGUACAUGCCACAAUUCCUGAGAGCGGCUUAACAAAUCGAAUCAAAGCCCUGUUUGAACACGCAAUCCGGAGCGACAACGGCAGCCAGUGCCCCUUACUGUGGAGGAUGUACUUGAACUUUUUGGUUUCAUUAGGAAAUAAAGACAGAAGCAAAGGUGUCUUCUACAAAGCACUUCAGAAUUGUCCCUGGGCAAAGGUGUUGUACAUGGACGCUGUGGAGUACUUCCCUGAUGAGAUGCAGGAGAUCCUGGACCUAAUGACAGAGAAGGAGCUGCGGGUGCGCCUGCCCAUGGAGGAGCUGGAGCUCCUGCUGGAAGACUAG